UCGAACUUGAGAGCGUCUCCGUUCCUUUGCUCGGAUCUCAGAACUCCCGUUUCUCCCUUCCCGAGGGCCCCGGUCCGACCCAAUCUCGCCGAGGCAGGGACCGCAGCAGCCUGGAACUCAGGCGACACCCGUGCGUCACUGUCCUGCCAAGAAGACCCGCUUGCUGGCUCAGAUUGAACGGCUAAUCGCCAAAAAGGUGGAUUUUGGAAGCCGAGGGGAGCGGUUUGAGGAGCUGAUUUUACUGGAAGGAGAUAGCAGGUGGUACUAAUUCACUGACUUGGUAGGAAGUCUGGGAACUGAAAACCAUUUGGAGCUUUGAAAACUUCUAUAAAUCCAAUAGAAUCAGUUUCAGCUGCAAGAUCAGAAUGAAUCACUACCUGCUGGAGGUGGAGCCAUUUUACCCAGACUUGGUCAUCAAUGUGGGAAAAGUAACUAUUGGUGAAUUAAACAGAAAGCAAUUGCAGAAAAACCAGAGAACGCAAGAGAAGGACAAAGUCAAACAAGCUGCAUGUGCUUUAUUAAACUCAGGAGGAGGAGUGAUUCUGGUGAAAAUGGCAAAUGAGAAAAAUCAAUCCGAGAUGGGACUGGAUUUAGAACAGGCUUUGCGAGACCUUAUUCAGUCUCCAGAGUUGCAUGCUUUCUUUGAGACAGUACAACAAAAGAGUUGUUUUUAUAUUUUUGUUAAAUCAUGGACCAGUGACACUUCCUCGACACUAAAGCCCCCUAUUUGCAGUCUGAGUUCUUCAUUAUACUGUAGAUCUGGCACCUCUACACUUUGCAUGGAUUCAAGACAAGCAUUCAAUUUCCUGAAGACCAAGAAAAUGAAUGUAGAACGUAGUCCAAUUAAUGAAGGCUUUCCACCUACUAACAUUCCCAGAAAUGAGCAUCUGAUCUCUGUCUUCCAAAGAAACAGGUUUGAAUUUGGUGAAGUCCUGCCUUUUCCUGAGUCCGAAUUAGCAGAAUUUAAGCAAUUCUCUACAAAACGCAUCCAAGAAUACCUGAAAGAGAUAAUUCCAGGAUAUGUAUCUGCAUUUGCAAACUCCAGGGGAGGUUAUCUUUUUGUUGGAGUGGAAGAUAAGAGCAGGAAAGUCCAGGGAUGUGCAAAAGAAAAUGUUGACCUUAACUCUUUGGAAUACAAAAUAGAAAAUGUCAUUUCCAAGUUGCACACUUUCCACUUUUGCUCUUUACGACUAUUGGGGCAUCCACCAAUCAAUCAUCAAUUUUUUGAGAAAAAAAUUGCAGAAGUGCAUAAGGAUGGAAAUCUGUACGGUUAUCUCUGUAUGAUCAAAGUGAAGCCAUUCUGCUGUGUGGUGUUCUCAGAAGCUCCCAGUUCUUGGGUGGUGAAGGAGAAGCAAGUCUGUUGUCUAACAACUGAGGAAUGGGUUGACAAGAUGGUGGACACAGGCCCAGAUUUGGCUGAAGAUUUCAACAAUCAACUGGAUUUAUCCCAAAAACCUCCAAGUUGCAGGCCAGUGUAUUCUAGGAAAGGUCUUGACCAUAAAAAAGCUCUCCAAAAAGCUUUAUUUCCAGUGUCAUCAGGACCUCUGCAAUAUACUCCUAAAUCCCUCUGGAAGGAGCUGUGCUCAGAGCAUAAAGGACUAAAAGAAUUAAUAAAUAUGGAAAUGCAACCUAUCUGCCAGGGAAUUUUGAUCCUUUCUAGAAGCUGGGCUGUGGACCUGAGCUUGCCAGAGGAGCAGGGAGUCAUUUGUGAUGCUCUGUUGAUAGCACAGAACAGCUACCCCAUUCUCUACACUAUUCUGGGAGAGAAGGGUAAAGAAAUGCAGUUUGAUCGCACCCACACUGCCUUUACUUUGAAGCAGAAGCUGGUAAACAAGGGAGGGUACCCCAGGAAGCUCUGCAUCAUGACCAAGACCUUCUACCUGGGUUCUGAGGGCAAUGCAGAGCUCUUGGCAGGUUCAAAUUCUUCAAUUGACUACCCUGAGUCCUAUAAACUGGCAGACGACCAGCAAAUGGAAGACUUGCUGCAGUCCCUUGUGAUUGUCUUGCUUGGCUUCAGGUCAUUCUUGAGUGAUGAGCUCGGUUGUGAGGUCUUAAAUCUGCUCACGCACCAACAGUAUGAGAUCUUGUCAAAAAACCUCUACAAGACCAGAGAACUGUUUGUUCAUGGCUUACCUGGCUCAGGAAAGACCAUCAUGGCCAUAAAGAUCAUGAAGAAGAUCAGGAAUGUGUUUCAUUGUGAAACAAAGAACAUUCUCUACAUUUGUGAGAACCAGCCUCUGAGGGAUUUUAUCAGUCACAAAAAUAUCUGUGAGGCAGUGACCCGGAAAACAUUCAUGAAAUAUGACUUUAAAGAUAUUCAGCACAUCAUUAUUGAUGAAGCUCAGAAUUUCCGUACUGAAGAUGGGGAGUGGUAUGAUAAGGCCAAAAACAUCACUUGGAGAAAAAGGGAUGACCCAGGAAUUCUCUGGAUCUUUCUAGACUACUUCCAGACCACCCACAUGUACUACAGUGGCCUUCCUGCUCCCUCAGAUCAGAACUCAAGAGAAAAGCUCUACACAGUGGUCCGCAAUGCAGAUCCAAUAGCCAACUACCUACAAGAAAAAAUUGAGGAGGUCAAAAAAAAUCCCCCACCUAGCAUCCCCUCUGGGUCCCUGGCGAUGCUCGGUGAAGCUAUUUGGGCUCAGGGUGUUUCAGGCAAGAUUAAGUUCCGAAACUUCAUGAGCUUAGAACAGGUGGUGACCUGUGUUGCAGAGAAAUGCCGGGUUUUCUUCAAGAAUGGUUAUUCCCCCAAACAUAUUGCUGUGCUUCUCAGCAAAUCUGAGGUAGUGGAUGAAUAUAAAGAAAAGCUUCGAAGAGCAAUGAGAAGGAGAAGCAGUUCUCAAAUGGAUGAGGAAUCUAAUGUGCUGGUACAGAUUAAGGACGCGUUGCAUGUUACAGACAAUUGCAUUGUGUUAGACAGUAUUCGUAGGUUUUCAGGUCUGGAAAGAACCAUCGUGUUUGGGAUCAAUCCGCAGCCAAAUGAGCGUGCUGUUACCAACAAUCUUCUGCUCUGUCUGGCUUCCAGGGCGAAGAAACAUCUAUAUAUUUUAACUAAUAGGCAAAGACCUCAAUCUAAGAAGCCAUGAUAAAGUAUUCCCUCAGUCCCUUCAGUUUUCUAAAGGAAUUGUAUUCUGCAGCAUAAAACUGCUCUUUCUAGCAAUGAAAGAAAAGGUAUAACUGGCUUCUGAGUUGCUCUAUCCUGUUCAAGGCACUUUGAAAAAAUCGAGUGAUUUCUUCUUUGGAGAAGUUUCUUUUUAGCUCUUCUGCCCAUUUUUUGACUGGAUUAUUUACUUUGUUUUUGUUGAGUCUCGUCAGCUCUUUGCAGAUUUUUGUGAUCAGUCCUUUAUCAUUAGUGUUGUGUGCAAAAAUUUUCUCCCAGUCCAUGGGGUGUCUCUUUGUUUUGGUUACUGUCUCUUUUGCUGUACAAAAGCUCUUUAAUUUGAUGUAGUCCCAGGUGUUUACCUUUGCCUUCACUAUCACUGCUGUGGGUGAUGUGUCUUUAAAGAUGUUACUGUGGUGUAUGUCAUGUAGUUUUUCGCCUAUAUUUCCUUCUAUAUAUUUUAUGGUUUCAGGUCUUAUGCCUAGUUCUUUAAUCCAUUUUGAGUUGGUUUUUGUGCAUGGUGUGAGGUGGUAGUCAAGCUUCAUUCUUUUGCAUGUAGCAACCCAGUUUUCCCAGCACCAUUUAUUGAACAAAAAAAGAAACUUCUCCAAAGAGGAAAUGCAAAUGGCCAACAGGCAUAUAAAAAAAUGUUCAACAUCACUUGUAAUCAGGGAAAUGCAAAUCAAAACUACAGUGAGAUACUAUCUUACACCAGUGAGAAUGGCACAUAUUAAAAAAACUAGCAACAACAAAUGUUGGCGAGGAUGUGGAGAAAAAGGAACUCUCCUGCACUGCUGGUGGGAGUGCAAACUGGUCCAACCGCUAUGGAGAGCUGUGUGGAGAUUCCUCAAUCUGCUAAAGAUGGCAUUCCACAUGAUCCAGCAAUUCCACUCUUAGAUAUUUACCCAAAGGACACAGAAACAUUAAUUCCAAAGGGCACCUGCACCCCUAUGUUUAUAGCAGCACUAUUUAUAAUAGCUAAGCUAUGGAAACAACCCAAAUGCCCAAAAAUAGAUGACUGGAUCAAGAAGAUGUGGUACAUAUACACCAUGGAAUAUUAUUCAACAAUCAAAAAAGAUAAACUCAUGCAAUUUGCAGCAACAUUGUUGGAGCUGGAAGGGAUCAUUCUCAGUGAAAUAAGCCAGAAAGAAAAAAGAAAAAUACAGGAUAGCCUCACUCAUAGCAGGAAUUUAGAGAACCUAGAUAAGGGGCCAGGAAAAAGACUAUAAUAAAGUAAAAAUCAAAAUCAACAAGCAACUAUAGACCAGGGGCAUACUACGGGGGUGGGGAGAAGGGAGUAGGAUCAAAACAAGGGUGGUGGGAAUUGUAUGGGUACUAUAACCAAGAUGAAA